UCCAGGUUUCGAUGUCCUAUUCACUCUUCACUUGCUGUCACUGACCACAUGGCCUCAUAACAGGUUGUAGCAUAUGGACUGAUUAUUCAUUCAUUUACAUACUGUUAAAUUUGUCUGUCGAUGGAUCGCACCACACCCACCACUCCAAGUCGUCCCAGUUCGGCGUGGACUAGUAAUUCACUCUUCGCCGAUUCUGCUAUCAGCGUUGGGGCGAACACUCCUGGUCAACCCGAUAAACCCCCUCCAUUCGCAAAGCUGUCUGAAACUCCUCCUCUUCCCGACCUUGCGACGCGUCUCAAUGGUCUUGUAUCGGAAAUAUGGGCCAAUGAACAGGAUGGUGAGAUCCGCGGUGAAAAAAGGAGAAAACUUGAGCAAGCAAUGCGUGAUAUCGAGGUCGUGCUGGAGGAUGAUCUGUCGGAAGGAAGAGGAUCGGAGACGACUACACCGCAACCCGCGGUGCCAAUAGAAGAAGAUCAUCAGACUGCUUCGGACCAAGACCUUGAGGCCGUUCGAUUGAGGCUGGCAGCUACCGUCGAAGCCAUGCGUAUGCGCCACCAAGAGCAAAGGCAUCUACAUCAACUCACUGUCCAAAAGCUGGAAGCGGUUGCGCAGCGAUGCUCAAGCCAGGACAGGCAACUGCGAGAAUAUGCCGAGAAUAUGACCAUGCUGCAGCAUGAAAAUCACCUUUUGAGGCAACAAAAUGACCGCAUGCAUUCAGAGCUCAACCAAGCUCACACAGAAUCGGCGAAAAAAGAUGUCGCUGUCAAUGCCAUGUCAAGCGCGGUCUCCGGUUUGGAAGGAUGGAUUAAUACUUCACCGACCCCCAGUCGCAGUGUGCGACAGGUCGUAACACGAGGUCGUGGCAGGUUCCGUGGUCGAUAUUACGCGGGUGAACCCUCUGAAGCCUCACCGAGACAUGGUCAAGAUGGUGCGCCAGAUGCAAAGGCUUUACACGAGGGUGUAACUGCCUGGCUUCGAGGAUUUCGAGAUGUCGAGGAGGAGCUGCAAGCGUUGAAGUACUCAAAGCCUUCACCGCGGAAGGCGCGGAAGAGCAAUUCCGACUUUAGUGAUGACGAAUGGGGUGAUUUUGAGCGUGCGCCUGCCUCAUGAUUAAUGAAUGCAAAUCCGACCCAGACGGACAUGCGUACUGGUUGACUGCCUCCAAAUGUUAUCUUUAAUCCGUUGGAGACCUAACUCCAGCUUUUGUGGUUCGUGAUAUGUGAUAUGCGCGUUAGGGCCUAGGUUAAUCGCCAAAGUGUUGCGGCGGGAUGCAGGGUCUUCACAUGAAAUCUGAGAAGAUCGCUGUGCGGUUCGAGAGGUCAACGUUGGAAGUUGAUCACGGCAACCUAAAAAUGUUAGAUUGGAGAAACAAGAAUACCAGAUCAAGGCUCACCUGAACACCUAGUC